AUGAUCACUUGUGACGCCCUUCACCUUCUUUCACCUAAACGGUCAUCUUACACUGAAUCGAUUUGUGCUUACGCGAAGCUAGAGAUGCCCCCACGCAAGAAACCCACAUCCACAACCAAGAAAAAGGCCGCCACAAAACUGAAACGCGCGAUCAAGAGAGGCGAUAUUGAGGCUCCUCCACCCAAACCAACCAAAACUCGUCGUCGCGGUGGUCCACCCGUCUCGCAGGCGAUACAAUCUUCCCGCAAACUUCAGUCCACCUUUAUCUCCCUACCAUCCGAUUUUCUCGAAUCUACAAAAGUCUUAGCAUCGGAACUGCCCUUGUUGCGACCGAUCCCUCGUCACUCGAGAUUACUUGCCACCUAUGAUUCUAAUUUGACGUGUCCCCGUCGUCCCAAGUGGAGAUUUGAUAUGAGUAAACUUGAGGUGGAAAAGAACGAGGAGGGUCUUUUCCGCAAGUGGCUGGCGGAGACGGAUCAAGUUGUUGAACAGUGGCAAGCCCAACCUCAGAGCGACAAGUCCGCGAUGCCUCGAUCUACCACAGUCUUUGAGCGUAAUCUGGAAGUGUGGCGCCAACUGUGGCGCGUCACAGAAAUAUCCCAAAUUCUUUUGGUUUUAAUGGACUCUAGAGCACCUUUGCUUCAUUUUCCUCCGUCCCUACAGAAUUAUCUCAAGGACCGUCAUGUCAUUCUGGUACUCACCAAGGUCGACAUAUCUGGACCAGAGAGAGCAGAAGCUUGGACGCAAUAUCUUAGAUCGCGACACCCUAAUUUCAGUGUCGUACAAGUUGAAUCAUAUGUCGAGAAGGAGUCCACAUAUGUUUCACAGGGCCGUCGACAACAUCGACCGCAUUUACCAGAAACCUUCCGCUCCCGACUUAUUCAAGCUAUCCAAGAAAAACAUACCGCGAUGCUUGAACCUCCUGAAGCAGUUAAAGCCAAUCCAGCUCGCCUCGAGAAAUGGAAACCCAAAGUCAAACGGGACAUUGACUGGGAUCGUCUUCUGAAGGCGGAAGGAGACAAGGUUGGGAGUGUUGUAGGCGGUCCCGCAGCCCCUCGCGAGGACGACUCUUCAGAAGAAGAACCUCAGUUUUUGACCAUUGGUUUGAUCGGGCAACCAAAUGUUGGAAAAUCAUCCUUGCUCAAUGCACUUUUCGGCACAAGCAAAGUGAGAGCAUCGAAAACACCAGGAAAGACAAAACACUUCCAAACGUUGUUUUUUACUCCUGAUGUUCGCCUGGUGGACUGUCCUGGCCUUGUCAUGCCAAAUCUUGUACCUCUGGAAAUCCAAGUUCUCUCGGGGAUUUUACCUAUCUCACGUCUCGCUGCCGUUCCUUUUUGCACACAUUAUGCCGCCCAGCUCCUUCCUCUCGAAAAGAUUCUUCGCAUUUCCAAGCCUCAACCAGCUGAGAUUGUCGACAAGCGAACUUGGCGGGAAGGCGAACGACCAGCGGCCAAUGAUCCUUCCAAUCGACCAUUGACUGCGAUGGACAUUCUCAUCGGGUAUGCUGAGGCCAAGGGUUGGCUUACUGCUAAAAGUGGUCGUCCUGAUAUCCACCGCGCCGGCAACGCUAUCCUGCGCGCAAUUGCUGAAGGUAGAAUUUCCUGGGCAUUUUUGCCACCAGAGCAUGUCGAUGGAGAAUUCGACGAUGAAGGGACAGGGAUUUGGCUGCAUCCUGACGAAACAAUCUCAAGCGAGGACGAAAGUGAGGAGGAAGCGGUCGAGGUUGUAGAGAGCGAGGAAGAGCCUCCAUUUAGUGAGGAUGAGCAGACAGAUUCCGAGGGUUCAGAGGUCGAUCAAGUGCAGCCUAGUACUGGGAGGUUCGGCGCUUUGCAGGAAGUUGAAGACGAAGUGUCUGAUUCCGAGUAA